AUGACUGCUACCACUACCCCAGUCUCCAGAUCCAUCACAAAGUCCGUCCUCUCCAGGGAACAAUCCGAGGGUGUCGGCGCCCGUGUCCGUCGAUCCAUCGGACGUCCCGAACUCCGUAACCACGACCCCUUCCUCAUGCUCGAUGAGUUCUCGGUCGACAAGAACGGUGGCUUCCCCGACCACCCCCACCGAGGAUUCGAGACUGUGACCUACAUGAUCGAAGGUCAGUUCCAGCAUGAGGACUUUGCAGGACACAAGGGAACCAUUGGACCUGGUGACUUGCAGUGGAUGACUGCCGGUCGUGGUAUUGUUCACUCGGAGAUGCCUGUCAAGUCUCAGACCCGUGCUCAUGGACUCCAGCUCUGGAUCAACUUGCCCAAGGAGCACAAGAUGUGUGAGCCACAGUACCAGGAACUUCUCGACGGUCAGAUCCCUCGUGCUACUCCCCAGGACGGUGUUGUCGUCAAGGUCAUUGCAGGCGAGUCUCACGGCGUCAAGUCUCAGGUCUACACCCGCACACCCACUAUGUACCUCGACUUCAAGAUGGACAAGAACAAGACCGUCACCCAGAUCAUCCCCUCGACCUACACCGGAUUCCUCUACAUGCUCAAGGGUACGACAUUCAUCGGUGACAAGGAGUUCGAGGGUAAGGCUCACCACACUCUCACACUCUCGGAGGACGGUGCCACAACAGUCAAGAUCCAGACCAAGGAUGAGGACGCACACUUUGUAUUCAUUGCUGGCGAACCCCUGAAGGAGCCCAUUGUUCAGCAUGGUCCCUUUGUCAUGAACUCGUCCGAGGAGAUCUAUGACACCUUUGUCGACUACCAGAACAACAAGAACGGAUUCGAACGAGCCCGCAACUGGCGUUCUACCAUUGCUUAA